GCCUAACUUUAGAACGGACAAAUGAACUUAGAAAGUCUCGAGUUGAAUGCACUACAUAUUCUUAUGACUGUAUAGAAAAGGCAAAGUUAAAUAUUGACAGGACAAAUGUUGAAUUGGACAAUGAUUUUAUUGAAGAUGUAAAAUCAGCAUUAGAUGAUACAUAUUCACAUAGAAAAAAAAUUAAUAAACUUAAAGAUAUUUCAAGAAAAUAUGGUCAUUUCUAUGCUAGCGAAGUUGUUUUUGGCGGUGCAAUCAUUAAAAACAUCAAGAGUAUCAAUGAACAAGAAAAUGCCACAAAGGGACGUAAUUCAAAGAUGUCUUUUGGCUUUAAGAAUAAUCAAGCUAAUGUUGGACUGGAAAAUAAUUCUGAAAACACAGUAUCAAAAUUAUUAAAUAUAUCACAAAAGACAUUAACAAUUAUUGGUGGAAAUGUUGCACUUUAUAUUCAAGAUGAUAAAGAAGCCGAAAAAAAUUGGAGGAAUUCAGUUAAUGAUUCUAAACAUUGGCGAAUAAUUUCUUACAACAUACGACCAAUAUUUGAUUUGCUCAAUGAUGAAAUAAAAAAUAAGGUAUUGGAAGCAUUUGGUAAACAAAUCCUUAAAGGUAAACCUUUUUUUAAAAAAUUAAAUAGAGCUGCAAGUUUUAUUGAAACUGGUUCCGAACUGACUGCAACGAUAACUAUUCGUGAUACAGAAUUACAACAAUUAAGCUCGUGCCCAAUUGUGAUAGAUGAUUUGAAUAAGGAAAUUAAAGAUGUUACUUCAAGUCCACACCAAUGUCAGAUCUUUGCAUCAAUAAUAAACCAGGAUAAUCGGGUUUAUUCUCUGCGAGUUGAAUAUUUAGAUGAAAAUACGCCUGUAUUUGUCAUCCAUUAUAUUGAAAAUUUUAUAUUCGAACAAAGGAAUAAUGAAAUGGAAGUUAUUAUCAAUGAAAAAUAUUGCGAAGAAAUGAUAAAAGUAGAAAUAGAAAACAACCAUUCAUACAGCUGCUCUAUUAAUUCUUCUUCCAAUAGUUGCUGUAAACUAGGGAUAAGUGUGAUUGAAAGUCCUGAGAUAUCCAGUAAUUACAAUGUAUACAGAUCCAAAAUUGUGACCGGUGCUCAUUUUUCUCCUGAAAAUAUGGCAUGCUUAUUUAUUCACAAUCUUGAUAAAAAGCAUAAUAUCAAUGAAAAUGUUGGUGAAGAUUUACGUUUGAAAAUGGUAUACGGAAUUAUUGAUGUCAGAGAUGCUAAAUCUCUCUUACUGAAAGUGAAAUGGAAAAACUAUAAGAGUAGUAUGGUUCCUAACUGCUUUGACGACUAUAAAAAAUUAAUUGCCCAUGAUGAAGAUAAAAAGAUUCUUUCUUUAAUUCUUAAAAGUUGUUGUGAACUCAAAGAUGGAUACAAAGUUGGUGAUCUGGUAUUCAUGAAUGUUGUGAAUAAAUGUGAUCAUCAUGGGUUUGUAAACAUUACUCCACAAUAUCUACUCUAUGAUUCACUAAAUAACACAAGUAAUGAAUUUGAAGGUCAUAUUUCUAGCCACGAAAUUGCUAAACAUAAAAUGAAUCAUAUAGUUCCACACCACCAAUAUUUUUCUGUUUUACCUGAAGAAAUUCUCAACCAUUUUCGAGCAGUUUUUCUUCAAGAUAUUAAUAAUAAAUUAGGUUUUCAUCGUACUAAUGAAGGAGUAAACCAUUUUCAAUGGAAUUUUCCAGAAAGUCUAUUCUAUUAUUUCUUUUCAAAUGAAAUUGGAUUUUGUUAUCGACCAUCUAUAAGAAGAUAUACAUGUAUUUUUAAUGGACAAGAUGGGUAUAAACGGAUAGGAAAUAUAAUGCAAUGUGAGUUUUGGGAAAAAGGCAAAAUAAAAUGGGAAUUGAAACCUUUAUGUUAG